AUGGCUUCCAGUCCGCUGCCGGGGCCCAACGACAUCCUGCUGGCGUCGCCGUCGAGCGCCUUCCAGCCCGACGCGCUGAGCCAGCCGCGGCCAGGGCACGCCAACCUCAAACCCAACCAGGUGGGCCAGGUGAUCCUCUACGGCAUUCCCAUCGUGUCGUUGGUGAUCGACGGGCAAGAGCGCCUGUGCCUGGCGCAGAUCUCCAACACUCUGCUCAAGAACUUCAGCUACAACGAGAUCCACAACCGUCGCGUGGCGCUGGGCAUCACGUGUGUGCAGUGCACGCCGGUGCAACUGGAGAUUCUGCGGCGUGCCGGGGCCAUGCCCAUCUCAUCGCGCCGCUGCGGCAUGAUCACCAAACGCGAGGCCGAGCGUCUGUGCAAGUCGUUCCUGGGCGAAAACAGGCCGCCCAAGCUGCCAGACAAUUUCGCCUUCGACGUGUCACACGAGUGCGCCUGGGGCUGCCGCGGCAGCUUCAUCCCCGCGCGCUACAACAGCUCGCGCGCCAAGUGCAUCAAAUGCAGCUACUGCAACAUGUACUUCUCGCCCAACAAGUUCAUUUUCCACUCCCACCGCACGCCCGACGCUAAGUACACUCAGCCAGACGCAGCCAACUUCAACUCGUGGCGCCGUCAUCUCAAGCUCACCGACAAGAGUCCCCAGGACGAGCUGGUCUUCGCCUGGGAGGACGUCAAGGCCAUGUUCAACGGCGGCAGCCGCAAGCGCGCACUGCCCCAGCCGGGCGCGCACCCCGCCUGCCACCCGCUCAGCUCCGUCAAGGCGGCCGCCGUGGCCGCUGCGGCCGCGGUGGCCGGAGGCGGGGGUCUGCUGGGCCCCCACCUGCUGGGUGCGCCCCCGCCGCCGCCGCCGCCACCGCCGCCCUUGGCAGAGCUGGCUGGUGCCCCGCACGCCCAUCACAAGCGGCCGCGCUUCGACGACGACGACGACUCCUUGCAGGAGGCCGCCGUAGUGGCCGCCGCCAGCCUCUCGGCAGCAGCCGCCAGCCUCUCUGUGGCUGCUGCUUCGGGCGGCGCGGGGACUGGUGGGGGCGGCGCUGGGGGUGGCUGUGUGGCCGGGGUGGGCGUGGGCGCGGGCGCGGGGGCGGGGGCCGGGGCCGGGGCCAAAGGCCCGCGCAGCUACCCAGUCAUCCCGGUGCCCAGCAAGGGCUCGUUCGGGGGCGUCCUGCAGAAGUUCCCGGGCUGCGGCGGGCUCUUUCCGCACCCCUACACCUUCCCGGCCGCGGCCGCCGCCUUCGGCUUGUGCCACAAGAAAGAGGACGCGGGCGCCGCCGCCGAGGCCCUGGGGGGCGCGGGCGCAGGCGGCGCGGGCGCGGCGCCCAAGGCCGGCUUGUCCGGCCUCUUCUGGCCCGCGGGCCGCAAGGACGCCUUCUAUCCGCCCUUCUGCAUGUUCUGGCCGCCACGGACCCCUGGCGGGCUCCCGGUGCCCACCUACCUGCAGCCCCCGCCUCAGCCGCCCUCGGCGCUAGGCUGCGCGCUCGGCGAAAGCCCGGCCCUGCUGCGCCAGGCCUUCCUGGACCUGGCUGAGCCAGGCGGCGCUGCUGGGAGCGCCGAGGCCGCGCCCCCGCAGGGGCAGCCCCCGCAGGUAGUGGCCAACGGCCCGGGCUCGGGCCCACCUCCCCCUGCCGGGGGCGCCGGCUCUCGGGACGCGCUCUUCGAGUCGCCCCCGGGCGGCAGCGGCGGGGACUGCAGCGCGGGCUCCACGCCGCCCGCGGACUCUGUGGCAGCUGCCGGGGCAGGGGCCGCGGCCGCCGGGUCUGGCCCCGCGGGCUCCCGGGUUCCGGCGCCCCACCAUCCGCACCUUCUGGAGGGGCGCAAAGCGGGCGGUGGCAGCUACCACCAUUCCAGCGCCUUUCGGCCAGUGGGCGGCAAGGACGACGCGGAGAGCCUGGCCAAGCUGCACGGGGCGUCGGCGGGCGCGCCCCACUCGGCCCAGACGCAUCCCCACCACCACCACCACCCUCACCACCACCACCACCACCACCACCCCCCGCAGCCGCCGUCGCCGCUGCUGCUGCUGCCCCCGCAGCCCGACGAGCCGGGUUCCGAGCGGCACCACCCGCCCCCGCCGCCCCCGCCGCCCCCGCAGCCCCCUCUGGCCCCGCACCCGCACCACCGAGGCCUUUUGUCUCCCGGGGGAACCAGCUGCAGCUACCCUAGCGAGGACAGCUCCGAGGACGAGGACGACGAGGAAGAAGAGCAGGAGGUGGACGUGGAGGGCCACAAGCCCCCCGAGGGCGAGGAAGAGGAGGAAGGUCGAGACCCUGACGACGACGAUGAAGAGGACGAGGAGACGGAGGUCCUACUCGGCGACCCCUUAGUCGGGGGCGGCCGGUUCCUCCAGGGCCGAGGGCCGUCGGAGAAGGAGAGCAGCCGGGACCGCGCGCCGACCGUCGCGGGCGCGUUCCCGCUCGGCCUGAACUCCUCCAGGCUGCUGCAGGAGGACGGGAAACUCGGGGACCCCGGCUCGGAACUGCCCCCGCCCCCGCCGCCGCCUCUGGCCCCCCAGAAGGCGAGUGGCGGCGGCAGUAGCAGCCCGGGCAGCCCAGUUCACCAUCAAUCACUGGAGGAGCAGCCCUCCUACAAAGAUAGUCAGAAAACUAAGGAAAAUAACCAAGUAAUUGUAUCUACAAAGGAUGACAACAGCUUUUCAGAUAAGAACAAGGAGCAUAGCUUUUUCAUCACAGACUCUGAUGCUUCUGGAGGAGAUUUUUGGAGAGAAAGAUCAGGUGAACAUACACAAGAAACCAACUCACCUCAUUCACUCAAAAAGGAUGUAGAAAAUAUGGGGAAAGAAGAACUUCAGAAGGUUUUAUUUGAACAAAUAGAUUUACGGAGACGACUGGAACAAGAAUUCCAGGUGUUAAAAGGAAACACAUCUUUCCCAGUAUUCAAUAAUUUUCAGGAUCAGAUGAAAAGGGAACUAGCCUACCGAGAAGAAAUGGUACAACAGUUACAAAUUAUCCCCUAUGCAGCAAGCUUGAUCAGGAAAGAAAAGCUUGGCACCCAUCUCAGCAAAAGCUAA